CCUAAAGACUUCCCCAAGUUGAAGAAUGAUACAUUCCUUCUUGCAUGCGGUGGCCAGGAAACCCCUCAUGUGCCUGUGUGGUGUAUGAGACAGGCUGGACGCUACCUACCAGGUGGGUCUCUACAACACACUCUCAUUAGUCUCUCUAGACAUCCAGGUUGCCUCCCACAAUUUUCAAAUGUUCUGGCUUAACAAGUCUGUACAUAAUCGAACAUCAGUUUGGCAUAAAGGAACUACGUCACUACCUUAUCCGCUUGAAUAAAAUGCAUAAUAGUAGCUAGCAAGAUGGAGAUCAGAGGUUAUUUUUGCAUUUCGCAAGUGGCUAGUUUGCAUCAACUACCUUCACUAAAACCACUGCACAGGUUUUGCCUGCAAACUUUGGUUUCGAAUUGCGACAUUCUGGCAUGUCUGCCUCGUGAUUUGUCUGUCUGAAGUGUACCCACCCCUUAUUUAUUUUUAUUUUUUAUCGAAGUUGCCAAAAGGGUUUGUCAUAGAAAUCAGACCCUAGUCAGUGCUGUUGCCUAGGGUCGGGUUUUCGAGACCAUGCUCAUGUACUUCACUGACCUAAGAAACACACAUUGAACUAACACUACAAAUAUCAGUAGGUUGUUGUUGUUGGUUGAAUGGACCUAUCCAUCUUUCAGUGUCUGCUGGCAUUGACAUGUAAGCUAACCUAUUUGUUUGUAGAGUUCCGUGAGUCCAGCGCGGGAAAGGACUUCUUUGAAACAUGUCGGUCACCUGAAGCCUGCUGUGAACUCACUCUCCAGGUAAUCAUUACAUGUGUUAAACCAGCACGUUUUACUACAAAAACAUCUUAGCAUAGAUGGAGAACUCACUUCUUUUUUCAUCUUACAGCCAUUGAGACGUUUCCCAUUUGAUGCUGCCAUCAUCUUCUCAGACAUCCUGGUUAUCCCACAGGUAAGAGAUAUCUGUCUGAGGCAGAAAUUUCUUUGCCUUUGCUUCAAUCAGAAGUGUUGUGCUUCCUCUUCUCUACAUACUAGACAAAGAGAGAACCUUGUGGCAAGAAGGUAAUCUAUUUGUUUAGUAUAUUGAGAGGAGGAAGCACAUAACUCAGAGACAGUAUAUGUUAUGCUUUUGUUUAACUGGUUAAUGACUCUCUGUGUGUGUACCUGUUCCCAGGCCAUGGGUAUGGCUGUCCAGAUGGUGGCAGGAAAGGGCCCUACAUUCCCAGAGCCCUUAAAGGAACCAGAGGACCUGCUGCUCCUGCAGUCCAAGGUGGACGUCAACAAGGAGCUGGGCUACGUCUUCAAGGCCAUUACACUGACACGCCACAAACUGGAGGGCAAGGUCCCUCUCAUCGGCUUCACUGGUGCCCCGGUGAGAUGGAUCUCUCACACACACACACACACACACACACACAGAGAGAACACUUUUCAAUACAGAAUCGAUUGGUUACUUCAAUAGUCAGAAGAUACUUUUUUUCAGCCUUGUGUCGUAUCUUGGUGUUCUUAGACUAGAGGCUUCAGUAAAAUGACCCAUAUCAUCAUCUGUUUCCCCCGUAGUGGACCCUGAUGGCCUAUAUGAUUGAGGGGGGAGGCUCAACAACCCACUCCAAGGCUAAGCGCUGGCUGUACCUUCACCCUGAAGCCAGCCACCAGCUGUUAAAGAUGCUGACUGACAUAAUCAUAGAGUACCUGCUGGGACAGGUGGCUGCUGGAGCACAGGUAAGCAAGGCACCAUGGGAGAUUGAGUUCCAGCUGUAUCUUACUGCAGCUUACCCUCAGGUAGACUGCUAGCCCAGAGUUCUUGCUCAUGGGAAAAUGUUCAGGUGAAUAGAGGGUAGAUAAUUUUAUUUACAGCACUUCAUUGGACAAGGAGAAGAUGUUACACUUUCUAGAGUCAGGCAUAAAUGAUCUGAUAGCUCAAUAUCUAGGAACUGAUGGAAUGUUGAUUUAUUCAUGUAGGUCUCUUUUAGGGCCCCUAUCAUAGACACAUUAUACAGUAGACAUAGUCCUGUAUAGAUACAUGGCACAUUAUUAUUCAGUCUGUUCCACCGUCCCUGUAUUUCCCCAGGCUUUGCAGGUGUUUGAGUCCCAUGCUGGCUGUCUGGGCCCAGUGGAGUUCCAGGAGUUCUCCCUACCCUACCUACGAGACAUCGCCCGUAAGGUCAAGGACCAGCUGAAGGAGUCAGGCCAGGAUGUCCCCAUGGUGAGCCCACACAGACUGUCACUUCUUCAUUCACACACAACACAGACAUCCUCAUCGUCUUUGUGGAUUUCAUGUCACUAGAUUUUCAAGACAAGCUUUUGUUGAUCAUCUCCUACAAUGUGCUUAAAAAAGGCUUACCGGUCUUGUGGUGAGAUAAGAUGUUGGCCAGUGUAAUGUGAUGUUCCACCAGUAGAUGGCACUACACUGUCAAAGAUUUUCCUGUACAGACUUGUCAUCUGGAGUAGUCAGAAAUACAUUUGAGUUUGUUUUAAUGCUUUGAAUCAUUGUUUGGCAUGUCAUCGGUCUCAAUAUUGACAUUGGUCAAUAUUUCACAAUUGUUUUGUAAUUUAGUUUUUUACUUUAGUGGGUCUUUAAAGUUCCCUGGACUGUACUGUAACUCCCUCAUGUUCUGGCACAGAUUGUGUUUGCCAAGGACGGCCACUACGGUCUGGAGGACCUCUCUCAGUCCCACUACGAGGUUGUUGGUUUGGAUUGGACUAUCGACCCUCACUCAGCGCGGUAACGGACAUGAACCCUUUUCACAGAAAUCAGUUCAUGAGUAAUUUCCCUAGACAGUCAGUGACCGAGCCAACAUUUGCUAGAGGUAUUGUGUCAUGUUGAAAUUGGAUUGGAUUCACACUCUCUUAUAAAAGGUUAUAUUUAUCUGGUCAACAAUAAAAACAGGUGGUUCGGUCAACUGUUGACUGAACUCCAGGUUAAUGCACCUUUGGUAAUAAACCACUUGUCUCUGUGGUUUCAGGGAGCGAACUGGAGGAAAGGUUAGCCUUCAGGGGAACAUGGACCCCUGUGCACUAUAUGCCUCCAAGGUAAGGCCAAGGUUUUUUUGAGAUCCAAGAAAUGUAUAUAUUGGCAAAGAGAAAACACAUGGCACAGAGAGAUGUUUCAGUACAAAGGUACUGUACAGUAAAAGCACAUAAACCGGCAACCUUUGUGUUAUUGGGCCAGGCACUUGCUGCUCUAAUUUAUACACCCUACUUUCAAAAGUGAUGCUUAUUUGUCUCUGUCUAUCUCUGCCUGUGAAGGAGCGUAUAUCAGAGAUAGUGAAGAAGAUGCUGGAAGGCUUUGGCACCAGAGGGUACAUUGCCAACCUGGGCCACGGGCUUUACCCUGACAUGGACCCGGAGAACGUGGGUGCCUUCGUAGAAGCUGUCCACUCUCACUCUCGGCACCUCCUCAACCUCAAGUAACACCCCUGUCACCUGGCAACAUUGACCACAGUCAUACUAGCAGAGAAGCAGCACCCAAAAAACAAAGCAACAUUGCCUUGGAUUGUAGAAUGUAUUCACAGUAAUCCAAUAAACCACCAGGUCUUAUCAAGUGUGGAAUCCAAGGACCGAUCACGACGGAUCUUGUCCAAUUCUGGAUGUUUUUUUCUUUCUGAAGAGAAUAAUUCAUUAUAUUCUAUAGAUAAUCCUUAGACAAAUGAAAAACAUUGCGUCAGUGUAAGACCUUGUAAUAUUUCAUAUUAUUUAUGUGUAUCACUGAUCUGUUUUAUUCAUCAGAUGUAGUGCACCUAAAAUUGAAAACAAGUGUACCUUAUAAAAACAAUAGUAGUGAAGGAGAUUUAAUGUGAUUAU